AAUGACAUCAACACUUUGUUCACUUAUGUUGUUGACGAGCUGAUGAGGGAAAGAACCCCCGCCCAUCUCGCGGCUCUCCCCCCCCUGGACUCCUGUUGGACAACUGACCCAGUUUCUGUCCAAAUCAGUCGCGCAGGUUUGAACUCGAUCGGCUGGGCUGAUGGAAUUUACCAAGACGGGGCUUCGCGGCAUUUUACGCGGUAUGUGCGCACACCACUCUCCUCCAUCAUGCUGCCACUGAAGUUAUCCACGCAAUGAAUCCUGCCAACCAAACUGGAAGUAGUGAGGGGAGUACUACAACAGCCCACCAUUUGUUUGCUGCUGGCACCUACAAACUUCUCGCCUUGACCGUCGGCAGCAUUGGAGUGUUUGGGUUUUGCAACAACGUCGUAGUGAUCGUGCUCUUCUAUCGAUUCAAGAGACUACGGACGCCUACGAAUCUGCUGCUGGUCAACAUCAGCGUGAGUGACAUACUGGUGUCUGUUUUCGGCAUCAACUUCACGUUUGUUUCGUGCCUUAAAGGCGGGUGGAUCUGGAGCAGGGCGACAUGCACGUGGGACGGAUUCAGCAACAGCUUGUUCGGCAUCGUCUCCAUCAUGACCCUGUCGGCCCUGGCCUACGAGCGCUACAUCCGGGUGGUGCACGCGCAGGUGGUGGACUUCCGCUGGGCGUGGCGCGCCAUCGGCCACAUCUGGCUCUACUCGCUGGCCUGGACGGGGGCUCCGCUGCUGGGCUGGAACCGCUACACCCUGGAGGUCCACGGGCUGGGCUGCUCCCUGGACUGGUCCUCCAAGGACCCCAACGACGCCUCCUUCAUCCUCCUCUUCCUCCUGGCGUGCUUCAUCGUGCCGGUGGGCAUCAUGAUCUACUGCUACGGGAACAUCCUCUACAUGGUCCGCAUGCUGCGCUCCAUCGAGGACCUGCAGACGAUGCAGGUCGUUAAGAUCCUGCGCUACGAGAAGAAGGUGGCGGCCAUGUUCCUGCUGAUGAUCCUGAGCUUCCUGGUGUGCUGGACGCCCUACGCCGUGGUGUCCAUGAUGGAGGCGUUCGGCCGGCACAGCGCCGUCUCCCCCCUCAUGGCCAUCGUUCCCUCCAUCUUGGCCAAGUCCAGCACCGCCUACAACCCUCUCAUAUAUGUACUGAUGAGCAAAAAGCUCCGACGCAGCGUCCUCCAGCUGCUGUGUUGGCGCGUCUCCUGGCUCCAGCGGACCCUCAACGAGCGGCCGCUGGCCCCCGUCCAGCGGCCGCUCAGGCCCAGCGUCAUGUCCCGCGUGGGCCGGGACCGGCCCAAGAAGAGGGUGACCUUCAGCUCCUCCUCCAUCGUCUUCAUCAUCGGCAGCAACGACCUCAACCCGUCGGGCAGGACGACCACGACGGACGGGGUCCCCUCGGAGGUCAACGUCAUCCAGGUGCGGCCGUUGUGAUGCAGGGGACGGGGAGUCCGUUCUCUCCCGACCCCCCCCCGUCCCCCGUCCCCCGUCCUCCGUCCUCCGUCCUGCUCUUCUGUGUGUAUAAAUACACCUUGGAAACACCGACCCGAAACAGAUGUUCUCUGGCCACCUGGGACAGAACGGCUCUUCCACUGCCCGUCCGGAUGACCUGGUGGUACAGGUGACCAGCUCACGGUACAUGAACCGCUUCCAGGAGGGAACCGGCUGAUGAUCCACAACUACCAACACCUGGUUCCCCUUGUGUGUUUCAUAGAGACUUCAAAUGGGUCAUAAAAAUGUAACGAAGGUAAGAUAAGACCCGGAAUGGGUAAUUAUUCAGGUGCAAUUUUACUCGUCAUGUUUUGGAUAUUAUUCAUGUUUUUAAAUGCUGGUCCUUUGAGAUCGGUUUAGUUGGUCACGUGAGUUACCUUAGCCUGGUUCAAGCGGCUGAGUUGUAUGGUGGGUUGGAGGGCUGUGGGGUUGCUGCCUGUGACUGUGGCGCCUAACACGUCAGUUCAUUCAUAGGCUGGUGGAGUUACACAUCAGUUCAUAGGCUGGUGGGGUUACACGUCAGUUCAUAGGCUGGUGGAGUUACACAUCAGUUCAUAGGCUGGUGGUGUUUCACGUCAGUUCAUAGGCUGGUGGUGUUUCACGUCAGUUCAUAGGCUGGUGGUGUUUCACGUCAGUUCAUAGGCUGGUGGUGUUGGGGUUAAUGGUCUACGUCUUAGCACUUAGUCAUAGGACAUAGCUCACUCCCUCUCUCUCUCCGUUGUUUGCUUUUUUGUGUGCGUUUACAGGUUCAAUAAAGAGAUACUAUUUUAGGCUAAACCUG